UUUCACUCCCCGUCAAAAUGCAGGAACAAUUCGCUCCAUUGAAGAAUGACCUUUUGCUGAGGGCCGCAAGAGGCGAGAAGGUCGAGCGUCCUCCGAUAUGGGUUAUGCGUCAAGCCGGACGCUACCUCCCCGAGUAUCACGAAGCUAAAGGGGGUCGCGACUUUUUCGAGUGCUGCCGCAGCCCAGAGAUCGCCUCGACGCUCACUAUCCAGCCGGUCGAACGAUAUGCAGGGCUCAUUGAUGCCGCGAUCAUUUUCUCCGAUAUCCUAGUCAUCCCUCAGGCCAUGGGAAUGCAGGUUGAGAUGGUUGACAAGAAGGGACCCCACUUCCCGGAACCGCUGAAGUCGCCGGACGACGGACAGUAUGAGAAAGUGAUGCAGAAGCAGGUUGAUGUUAAGGAUGAGCUUGAUUAUGUUUACAAGGCCAUCCGGCUCACCCGGCAUAAGUUGCAGGGCCGUGUCCCGCUGAUCGGUUUCUGUGGUGCCCCAUGGACUCUUCUUUGCUACAUGGUUGAAGGCGGCGGAAGCAAGAUGUUUAUUCAAACGAAGACAUGGAUAUAUAAGUAUCCCAAGGAGUCCCAGUCAUUGCUGCAGAAGAUUGCGGAGAUUUGUGUGGAAUACCUUGCCCUUCAGGUCGCCGCGGGUGCUCAGCUAGUUCAGGUCUUUGAUUCAUGGGCUGGUGAACUUUCUCCGGCCUCAUUCAAGUCAUUCUCGCUCCCUUACUUACGCCAUAUUUCUGCCAACCUGCCCAAGCGGCUGAAGGAGAUGGGGCUGGAGCCGGUGCCCAUGACAGUUUUCGCCAAGGGCGCGUGGUAUGGACUCGAGGACCUUUGCGAAUCUGGCUAUAAUGUUGUUGGGCUGGACUGGCUACACGAUCCGGCGGAAGCCAGGCGGAUUGCGAAUGGUCGGGUCACCAUUCAGGGUAAUGCCGACCCAGGUGUGCUCUACGGAGGUCGUGCUGCCAUCACGGAGGCUGUCGAGGCCAUGGUUAAAGGUUUCGAGAAAGGCAAGCAAGGAUGGAUAGCGAACUUGGGCCAUGGCAUCACUCCAUUUGUCAAGCCUGAGGAUCUGAGAUUCUUCUUUGAGGAGAUUCAUCGACUAACAGCAUAAAUGAAGCAUAAGACGUGAUCAUAACGAUGACAUUUGUGGAUUUGAGUUUCUGACUAUUUACAUGAUGGUUCAUCAUACUCUACGGCUCAUCGGCCAAUGACCGCCUUGGAUUAGACGGCAAUAUCCU